AUGGAUUCAGUAUUUGUAUCAAACCCUAGAAACAAUUAUUCCGUUCCCCAUGAUAUCAUAAUUGAUAUACUCACACAACUUCCUGUGAAAUCACUUAUAAGGUUCAAAGGCGUUUGCAAAUCAUGGUAUUCGUUAAUUAAAGAUGACAACUUCAUCAAGCAACACUAUGACACUCACCAAAAUUGUCAAAAGUACUUUGUGGUUUGUAGAAGACACAAGAUUUCCACCCACUACACCAUGGAACUUGAUUCUAAUAGUAUAGCCUCUCUUGUCGCGCCUCCGGUUCCAAUUGAUCAAUCACGAAAGGCAUUCAAUGAAAUACAAUAUUGCUCAUGUAAUGGAAUACUUCUUAUAACAUACGCUAAUGACAUAAUCAUUAUGUGGAAUCCGGCCACUAGAGAAUCAAGAAGAAUCCCUAAGUGUAAGAGUGGUGGUCUUUAUAAUUUUUGCUACUUUCCGCGUAUUGAAAGCUACAAAAUAUUUAGACUAGGACCUGUAGUCUUUAAUGGUGACAAGGAUGAAAUGGAUAUUGAUAUAUUUUCAACGAAAAGUAACAAGUGGAAAACGGUUGGCAUAUUUCCUCCAGAUUAUUAUUUCGAAGGUACUAGCAUUGUUAUGUCAGAUGGGAUUGUUUAUAUGAUGGCGGAGAGGAAAGAAAAUGAAAAUUGUACAAUAUUACGUUUUUGUUUGGACAAGGAAGAAUUUCAAGAGGAAUUGUUGUUUCCGAACACGAUACCAAGUGAAAUACAUGUUGUAGGAGAAAAACUAUGUUUGAUUGGGUCAUUGAUGAGUAAUCAUAAGAUUCAUGAGUUUUGGUUGUAUAUGAUGAAAACAAAUUCAUGGAAUAAGAUAUUGGCAAUUCGAUUACCUUCGAAAUCUUGUUUGAAACCUUUGAGUUUUAUAAAGGAUGGAGGGAUCAUGUUUAAAAAUUACAUGAGUAAAUAUGUGUUCAAGGCUUACAAUUCAACAACACACAAAUUGGAAAAAGUUAAUGUAGCUGGACUUGAAGGACAUAACUUCAAAGAGGUUGUAACCUACGUCGAAACUUUAUCCUCUCCGUUUCUUUAA